UAGUAGUACUACCGGCACAAGAAAAAACACACACACACACACAUCCACACCACACUCCUCUGCUACUACUACUGCUCCCACUCUGCUCCCAAUCCCCUCGCCUCCCCCCGCUAGGAAGAAGGCUCCCCCAAUUCGCGGCGGAUUCGGGCCUCCGCUUUGCCGCGAUCUCCGAAUUCCGGGUGGGGGGUUUUUUGGUGUCCAAUUGGUGCGAAUUGUGGGUUGUGGUCGAUCUUGUGGCUGGCCGGAGGAGGAAGAGGGGGUUUCUGGAUUGGUGUGGUUUUUUUCUUGGAGUGAUCGAGAUUCGGGGUUCCUCGUGUGAUGCGGCGAUGGGCGAAUUGAGGCGGAAUUGGAGCGAAUCUCGGGUCCCCGAUGCCUGAUCUCUGAUUCUUGGUAGCUACAUUCUCCUGAUUGGUGCGAAUUUUUGGGGGAAUUUCUCGGAUCAAGAAUCGGCCCGCCUGUCCCUGCAAGAACAGGGGAAUUGGGGGAGGGAUUUGGAGGCGGGAGCGAUCGAUCCGGGCGGCGGCGGCGGCGGGAUGAUUGCGGCGGUCGGCCGGGGGCCGGAGGGGUGGGGCGAGGACGAGAUGUCGGUGCUGCCGCGGCACACCAAGGUGGUGGUCACCGGCAACAACCGCACCAAGUCCGUGCUCGUCGGCCUGCAUGGAGUCGUCAAGAAGGCCGUCGGCCUCGGUGGAUGGCAUUGGCUGGUGCUUACCAAUGGUAUAGAGGUAAAGCUGCAAAGAAAUGCUUUAAGUGUGAUUGAACCCCCAACUGGCAAUGAGGAUGAUGAUAAGUUUGACUGUGAAAACAUGCAGUGGAAUAGUUCAGAUUUGGCAUCCGAUGACGCACAAUCACCAAAGCCACAGAGGUCAAGGAGCAGGCAGCAUAGGGGGUUCCAUGCCAAAUCCUUCAGCCGCUCCAUGUCUUGUGAUUCCCACUCCAAGGCGUCCUUUUCUUCCUCGUCAAGGGCUCACACGAAAGUUGACCUGAGCAAACUGGAAAUGACUGCAUUGUGGAGAUAUUGGCGCCACUUCAAUCUUGAUGCUAGCCCCAAUCCAUCCAGGGAGCAGCUAGUGGAUGCUGUCCAGAGGCACUUUGUGUCACAGCAAUUGGAUGAGUUGCAGGUCAUCGUGGGCUUUGUGCAGGCCGCAAAGAGGCUGAAGACAAAUGUGAAAGUGGCCUGAUGGAGAACUGCUCGUCAACUAACAGAUUCAAGAUAGGAUGAAAAUGUUGCUAUGCUAUGUAAUAUAUGUGCAUGAGGUUGCUUAGAGUUGGAUGGCUAGAUUAAUGCACAACUAAAAACUCUUUGUUCAUCCUUUUUAUGUUAGCUCCCUGUGAUGUAGAUAUGCAGUAUGCUGGCAAAGGAUCGUGCAACCUCUAGCUCAGUUAUCUCCUGCUGACUGGAUGUUAAUUGACAUGACAAGUUAUAAAUCAGCUUCUCAUAUUUACCCUGGUCA